AUGACUUUGCUACCAUGGGGCAUCAGAUCUACUGCAGAAGCUCAAUUUUCUAGCCUUGAAUUAUUUGUCCUUAAUCCUCUUGCAUUAAUACACAACUUUAGAGACCCAUUUGCUUUCACAAAAGUCAAUAUUAACGAAAGCCUUGCUAAUGAGUUGGCUAUUCCGCCUCCAUUGUAUUCACAACACGGAAAUGCAUUGAAUCCCCCAUUUUUGAAUUUCAUUGGAAAGAGCUUGUCUCUUGUUUUUGCAAUCUUUAUCGGAAUACAAAUUAUACAGCUUUUGGGAUCCAAAACUUUUGCAAGCAGGCAAUCAGUUGGAGUCUCGUGGUCGCAGUUUGUGCGAGUCUUCUCAGCAAUAGCCCAAGUCGUCUUGUUGACCACACUUUACUCCGUGGUUAGAAAUGAUUUCAUCAUUUAUGACAUUGUAACAACAUCAUUAGCUGUUGUACUACAUUUCUUGGAGUACAAAAAGUCGACGGUGGCGGUGUCUUCACUACUUUUCUACUGGUUGGUCAAUUCAUUGUUUUUAAUUGUGGUUGUGGUGCAGGAUUCUUUUUCGGCACACAAUAUACUUCUGACCGAUUCUUUGAGCUAUGCCUUAGAAGUUGCUAUACUUGCAACGUCAAUUUUGAUACUAAUCCUAGAAGCAGGCCUCUAUACGCCAGGAUUUCAAGUGGAAGAGCAUGACAACAAUGCCUCCAUUUUCUCACUGCUUUCAUUCGGCUUUAUACAGCCAAUCAUCGAUAAAGUGUAUCAAACAGAUGACAUCAAACUUUCAGAGCUCCCCGAAGUGGCAGACAAGCUCAGAUGCGAUGAAGUUACUCCAAUAUUAAAGCACUAUUGGAAUUAUGAGCAAUCUCUCAAAUCUCAUUUUCUUAGCAAACUUUGGUCAAGGAUCAGGAGACAAAAAUAUGCGAAUUCACCGGUUUUGUUUGGAGCAGUGUUUAAAGCAUACUAUGGCUACUUACUCAUCAAUCUUUUUUUAGCAUUUGUUGAGACUGUUUUGCAAUUUUCGCAACCAUUUGCUUUGAUGAAAUUCCUUGGCUUCUUUGAUGUAUAUCUUUAUAGCGUCGAAGAGGAUAAGCCACCAAUUAUUGUUGGAUAUUAUUGGGCCGGAGUUAUGUUUCUCAUUGCAGUGGGAAAUUUCAUCACUUAUAAUCAAAUGAUCAUCUUACAGAACAAAUUGGCAUUCAGUAUUAGAAGUUCACUAACAACUUUGGUGUAUCAAAAGGCAUUGAAUUUUUCUCCAGCAUCGAGACAAAAGAAACCAACUGGUGAUAUUAUCAAUAACAUCUCAGUUGAUAUUGGACAAAUAAAUGGAUUAUUUUUAAUGUUAGGUGACUAUGCUGCGGCACCAAUCAAGUUGAUUGUAUGUCUCAUUGCAUUAUACAAAUUCUUUAAGGCUGCGUCAUUCUUUGGGUUAGGUGCGGCGUUGUUAUCUGUUCCUCUAGUUACGUUGGUCAAUGCAACUGUAAUUACCAGCUAUAAACGAAUGAUGAAAGACAAGGAUGAUAGAACUACCUUGAUCACCGAGAUUAUUAAUCUGGCCAAAAGCAUCAAGUUGUAUUCGUGGGAAAAUCCAAUGUUGCAAAGGUUGAGUCAUAUCAGGAACAAUAGAGAAUUACAAAACCUCAAACUGAUUGGGGUCAUUAUUGCUCUUGCUCAAUUCCUAUGGACGUGUGUCCCAUUUAUCAUUAGUUGCGCUUGCUUUGCAGCCUUUUCAUGGUUGUAUAGUGUCCCAUUGACUCCUGAAAUUGUGUUCCCAGCAUUGAGUUUGUUUAGUUUGUUGAUGGAACCAAUGAUGCUCAUUCCUAAUUUAGUCGUAAGUGUAGUGGAAACCAAAGUCUCGUUAGGCAGAUUGACUGAUUUGCUCACAUUGGAAGAAAUCAGCCCAGAUCAGGACGGAAAAAUAAAGAAAGGGCUCCUCCCCAAGGGUGACUAUUCGGUGAAAAUAGAAAACGCUAACUUUGUAUGGGACCUUGAUGAGUCAGAUCAAUCAUAUAAAGAUGAAGAAGACGAGGUUGAGGGCCAGAGUUCAAAUAACGUAGCAUUGAAGGAUAUCAACUUUCUUGCAAAGAAGGGAAGAUUGACUUGCAUUGUUGGGAAAGUUGGUAGUGGAAAAACUACGUUGCUAAAUGCUAUCCUUGGAGACAUUCCAAUCAGGGGAUCUAACUACCAAGACGACGAGAACACGUCUCAGCCAAAGGUGGAAGUGUACGGAUCAAUUGCAUAUUGUUCACAAUCACCUUGGAUCUUGAAUGGUACAGUUAAAGAAAAUAUUUUGUUUGGGCACAAAUACGACUCCGAGUUUUACCGAAAGACAAUAGUUGCGUGUGAAUUAGUAUCUGACUUUAAGACAUUGCCUGAUGGUGAUAAGACCAAUGUGGGAGAGAAGGGUAUUUCAUUAAGUGGUGGCCAAAAAGCUCGUAUUUCUUUGGCAAGAGCUGUGUACGCAAGGGCAGACAUCUACCUCUUGGAUGAUGUGUUGUCGGCAGUUGAUGCUCAUGUAGGUAAAGCGUUGGUCAAACAAGUCCUUGCAAGUGAUGGAAUCAUUGGAAGCCGUACUAAGAUUUUAGCAACAAACUCCGUUUCUGUUUUACAUGAAGCUAAUGACAUAUAUCUUUUAUCUGGUGGAGCUGUGAUUGAGCACGGUAAUUAUGAUGAUGUGAUGGGUAGGAAUGGUGAUUUAGCAAACUUGAUCAAUGAAUUUGGUAGACAGACUUCAGAAAAUCUGAGACAGAGCACUCCUGACGCAGAGCAGAAAGGAAAAGAGUUGAAAGAACUUAAUGAUGCGGAGAUCGAACAUAAUUUACGCGAAACAAUUGAAGAGGAACUCGUCCAUGAUAAUUUACGUCGAGCAAGUGUUGCUUCCUUUGACCAUGUGUAUGCGGAGGACGAUAAUGACGAUGAUGAUGGUGAUCAGGGGAAUGUGGGUGGCUCAAUUCGCCCUAAAACUGAGAUACAAGAAGAGGAGAAGGAAAAGGGAGCAGUUCCACUCAGAAUAUUUGUUCGGUAUAUCAAAGAGUGUAAUGUUGGCUACUUUUCGGUAUUUUUAUUAUCAAGCGUCGGAGUCAUGCUACUCAAUGUUGUAGAAACAUACAUUUUGAAGGAGUGGUCGAAUAUAAACAAAGAGCAUAACUCUACUGUUCGGCCAGGAUUCUUUUUGGGAUUAUAUUUCAGUGUUGGUGCUUUGGGUGGUGCGUUAACUUACUUUGGUUUAUUCGUUUUCUGGUCGUUUUGUAUCAUCCGUGCCGCUGGGUAUUUUCAUGAUUCCAUGGCAAAAUCUAUUUUGCGUUCGCCAAUGUCCUUUUAUGACAUUACUCCAGUGGGAAGAAUAUUGAACCGGUUCACUCAGGAUGUUUCUAACUUGGAUAUGAUGUUGCCAUUCACGUUAAUAAGUUUUCUCCAAUUAAUUGUGAGAGCACUCAUUACAUUCACUGUUGUUAUUGCGUCAUUACCUCGCAUGAUUGUGGUUAUUCUAGUUUUGGGUGUGAUUUACAACUACUAUAGAGCAAGAUUCAUCCCCACCUCAAGAGAGUUGAAGCGUUUGCAAUCUGUCGUCAACUCUCCGGUGUUGUCGGUAAUUCAAGAAUCGCUCAAUGGGGUUGAGACCAUUACUGCUUUUCAUCAAAAGGAAAGGUUCAUCCACAAAUGUAAGAAGUUUAUUGAUGAACGUACAUUGGUUUCUAUUGUGAAUGUUGAUAUAAUGAGAUGGUUGUCAAUGAGGUUGCAAUCAAUUUCGGCUGCAACCUUAUUAGCCGCUUCUAUUUUGUCUGUGUAUUCGUUGACUGGAAGCAAUCCUUUGGCGCCAGCUAUGGUGGGUUUCGUAUUGACGUACGUUAUCGCCGUGCCAUCCAUUUUAACGAGUUUGAUCAAUUCGUGGAGCUCUGUUCAGGUAAGUGGCGUAGCUUUGGAGCGUAUCAUAGAGUAUUGCGACUUGCCUUCCGAAGCACCUUUGAUAAUUGAAAAUAAGAGACCAGAAAAUACUUGGCCAGCACAUGGUGUCGUCAAAUUCAGCAAUUACAGCACCAGGUAUAGAGAGAACUUGGAUCCAGUUUUGAAGAAUAUUGGAUUUAAAAUAGAGUCGCGACAGAAAGUUGGUGUUGUUGGAAGAACCGGUGCAGGAAAGUCGUCGUUGACGUUAGCCUUGUUCAGAAUCAUUGAAGCUGUUGGAGGUAAUAUCGAGAUUGAUGGAAUCAACAUUAGCGAAAUUGGGUUGUAUGAUCUUAGACACCAUUUGACAAUCAUACCGCAAGAUGCACAUACAUUUAGGGCAUCUGUCAGGGAGAAUUUGAAUCCAUUUGGAGAAUAUAACGAUGAAAGAUUAUGGAAGGUUUUGGAACUUGCACAUUUGAAAGAGCACGUUGAAAAGAUGGAGACGGAUCCAACUGAAGAAGAUAAAAGAAAAAGUAAAAAUUCGGAUGAGUUGCCAAAAAAACGUGGUUUGGACGCACAAUUAGACAGCGAAGGAUCAAAUUUGUCAGCUGGUCAAAAGCAACUCUUGUGUUUAGCCAGGGCUUUAUUGAAUGAGACUAGUAAGAUCUUGGUUUUGGAUGAAGCCACCGCUGCUGUCGAUUUCCAAACAGACAAGAUUAUACAAGAGACAAUCAGGGAACAAUUCAAAGACAAGACGAUUAUAACAAUCGCUCACAGAAUUGACACUAUUAUGGACAGUGACAAGAUCUUGGUGUUGGAUCAAGGACAGGUUGCUGAGUUUGAUACUCCACAAGCAUUAUUGAAAGAUGAGAACAGUAUUUUCUAUUCACUUUCAAAGCAAGGCGGUUAUAUUUGA